AUGCCUCCACCAGGUGUGUGCAUGAACAUCAUCAGUGCACGCCACAUGAAAAAUGGCUACGGAACUGUCACCAACCCCGAGAGGUUCCUAAACCAAGACUUCCACCAGCUGAAACAGUACUGUCUCAUCCAACAUCUAAGGUACAUCGAUGAGAUGUUUCCCCCUGACAGAAAUUCAAUCGGCAAUGGGAUACUGACGCCUUCUGACCUUGCCCGAGUGGUGUGGCUGCGACCAGGGAAAAUUGUUUCAAAUCCAUCUUUUGUUGUUGACGGGGUGUCCAGGUUCGACUUUGGUCAAGGUUGGGUUCAAAACUGCUGGUUUAUUGCCUCUAUUGGAGCUCUGACAUUUCAGGAUCACAUCCUUGGACAAGUUGUUCCACUUGAGCAAAACUUUGACGAGGAUUACUGUGGGCUGUUCCACUUCAGGUUCUGGAGAUUUGGAAGAUGGGUGGAUGUCAUCAUUGAUGACAAACUACCAACAAUUGAUGGCAGACUCAUUUUUGUCCACUCCAGAGAUCCAACUGAAUUUUGGCCAGCUUUGCUGGAAAAAGCCUAUGCAAAGGUGUGUGGUUCCUACACAGAUAUGAAUGCUGGAACUCCUGCCGAGGCGUUGGUAGACUUCACUGGUGGGGUCCACAUUUAUAUUGAUCUGUCAAAGCCCCCUCCAGACCUGUGGGAAAUGAUAUGCCGAGCCGGUCAAUCCAAGUCACUGAUGGGUUGUGGGACACCACAGGGUGAGACAACUGAAAACAUUGUACUACCAAAUGGGCUGGUCCAAAGCCAUGCUUACGCUGUCACAGGUGUUAAACAGAUGAUUAGCCGAGGGCAGAUGGUGAACCUGGUGCGUUUGUGGAAUCCCUGGGGUCACGGAGAGUGGAAUGGAGACUGGAGUGAUCGGUCCCCUCUGUGGCAAACUGUGAGUCCUCAAGAUCGAGAUAUGUGCCUAGCAGUCUAUGAUGACGGCGAGUUUUGGAUGAGUCUGAAAGACUUCUGUAAGACUUACUCAGGGCUUGACAUCUGCUGCAUGUGUCCUGACUUCCUGGAUGGAAUCUCUACCUGUCACUGGGACACUUCCAUUUAUGAAGGUCGAUGGGUUGCAGGAACAACUGCUGGAGGCUGCCUGAAGAAUCCUGAGAGCUUCUGGACAAAUCCACAGUAUCGGAUCAAGAUUGAUGAAUUAUCCAGUGAAUGUGCUGAGAAAUGGGGUAAAAUCAACAUGCUGGUGUCUCUCAUGCAAAAGCCGGAUAAAAGGAAUAGAUGCCUGGUCCAGAACCUCUACAUUGGAUUCUCUGUAUUUGAGGUGCCCAAAAACUACAUGGCACACAGCGGGAAGUUCCCAGCCUCUUUCUUCAGUGCAAGCAAACUUGUUGCCCAAACUAAAUCCUAUAUAAAUGCCCGUGAGGUGAUGGAGUUAAUGAUGCUGAAGCCUGGUGAAUACCUGAUUGUGCCAUCCACCUUCAGUCCCAAUGAGACAGCCUCUUUCAUCCUGACCAUCCUGUCCAAGGCAGAGACCCACGUGCAUGAGAACUCCAGUGGUCGUGAACAUAUGGAAUUGGAAGAGAACACACCAGUGGGAAAGAGUGAGGAUGACGAAAGUAAAAGGACACUGUUCCGUCAACAUUCUGACAAGUAUGAAGAAGUGGAUGCAGAGCAGCUCCAGAGGCUCCUAAAUGGAAAAAUACUAAAAGGAGACUUGAAAUCUGGAGGGUUCACAAUUGAUGCUUGUCGCAGCAUGGUAGCUCUGAUGGAUACAUCUGUGACUGGAAAGCUGAACGGUGAGGAAUUUGUUCGUCUGUGGAAGAAGGCUGUCACAUACCAGGAAAUUUUCUCCCGCUGUGAUGUUUCGAAAACAGGGACGCUGUCACUAAGCGAGCUGAGAAAUGCUAUGAUAGCCUCAGGAAAGAAGAUCAGCGACGAGAUGCUGAAUUUGAUGGCUCUGCGUUACGGCACCUCAUCUGGGCACAUUACUCUGGAGAGCUUCAUCAGUCUAGUACUUCGCUUUGAAUGCAUGUACCAAAUCUUCAACCAGUUGUCUGAUGGGAAGGCUAUGACUCUUCAGGAACCAGAGUGGAUGUACAUUGCAAUGUACACUUAA